AUGUUCCGGCGUCGGGACUACGUGGAGCUGUACGAGCAGGAUCAGGCCAAAUGGGCUCUGAUACGCAACGUGAACACGGCCACCAAGCAGAGCACGCUGCUGCCGGGCGACUAUGUCUGGUUGGACUUGAAGACCGGUCGAGAGUUCGAGGUGCCGAUCGGUGCCGUGGUCAAACUCUGUGACUCGGGACAGAUCCAGGUGCUGGACGAUGAGGGAAAUGAGCACUGGAUCUCCCCACAGAAUGCCACCAACAUUAAGCCGAUGCACCCGACCUCCAUCCACGGGGUGGAGGACAUGAUCCGGCUGGGAGACCUCAACGAAGCUGGAAUCCUGAGGAACCUGCUCAUCAGAUACAGAGAAAAACUCAUAUACACGUACACCGGCUCCAUCCUGGUGGCCGUCAACCCGUAUCAGCUGCUGCCCAUCUACACCGCCGACCAGAUCCGCCUCUACACCAACAAGAAGAUCGGAGAGUUGCCGCCUCACAUCUUCGCCAUCGCAGACAACUGUUACUUCAACAUGCAGAGGAACAACCGGGACCAGUGCUGCAUCAUCAGUGGUGAGUCUGGAGCAGGGAAGACAGAAAGCACCAAGCUGAUCCUUCAGUUCCUGGCAGCCAUCAGCGGUCAACACUCCUGGAUAGAACAACAGGUCCUGGAGGCCAAUCCUAUACUAGAAGCUUUUGGAAAUGCUAAAACUAUCCGCAAUGACAACUCCUCUCGUUUUGGAAAGUACAUCGACAUCCACUUCAACAAGAGAGGAGCCAUCGAAGGAGCCAAGAUCGAACAAUACCUGCUGGAGAAAUCCAGAGUGUGUCGACAGGCCUUCGACGAGAGGAACUAUCACAUCUUCUACUGCAUGUUGAGAGGGAUGAGCUCAGAGGAGAAGAAGAAACUGGGCCUGAGCAAAGCCACAGACUACACCUACCUGACCACCGGAAAGUGCACAGUGUGUGACGGCCGGGACGACUUGAAGGAAUACUCCAACAUCCGCUCGGCCAUGAAGGUUCUGAUGUUCACAGACAAGGAGAACGGGGAGAUCUCUAAACUGUUGGCUGCUAUUUUACACAUGGGAAACCUCAGAUAUGAAGCUCGGACAUACGACAACCUGGACGCCUGCGAGGUCGUCCGAUGUGCUCACCUCACCACUGCUGCUACACUGCUGGAGGUGGACAGUAAGGACCUGAUGAACUGUAUCACCAGUCGGUCUCUGAUCACCAGAGGAGAAACCGUCUCCACGCCUCUCAGUAUCGAACAAGCUCUGGACGUACGAGACGCUUUCGUGAAGGGUAUCUAUGGACGUUUGUUUGUGUGGAUUGUGGAGAAGAUCAACGCUGCCAUCUACAAGCCUCCAGCAUCACAACCCAAAUAUAUCAGACGCUCCAUCGGACUCCUGGACAUCUUCGGCUUUGAGAACUUUACAGUCAACAGCUUCGAGCAGCUCUGCAUCAACUUUGCCAACGAGAACCUGCAGCAGUUCUUCGUGCGUCACGUCUUCAAGCUGGAGCAGGAGGAGUACAACCUGGAGAACAUCAACUGGCAGCACAUCGAGUUCACCGACAACCAGGACGCCCUGGACAUGAUCGCCAUCAAACCCAUGAACAUCAUCUCGCUCAUCGACGAGGAGAGCAAGUUCCCCAAGGGAACCGACACCACCAUGUUGAACAAACUGAACUUUCAGCACAAGCUCCACGCAAACUACAUCCCUCCAAAGAACAACUACGAGACUCAGUUUGGAAUCCAGCACUUUGCAGGAGUGGUCUUCUACGAAACCAGAGGCUUCCUGGAAAAAAACAGAGACACUUUAUACGGAGACAUCAUCCAGCUGGUUCACUCGUCCAAGAACAAGUUCAUCAAACAAAUCUUCCAGGCUGAUGUUGCCAUGGGAGCAGAGACCAGGAAGCGCUCGCCCACUCUGAGCAGUCAGUUUAAAAGAUCCCUGGAGCUGCUGAUGAGGACUCUGAGCGUCUGUCAACCUUUCUUCGUUCGCUGCAUCAAACCCAACGAAUACAAGAAAUCCAUGUUAUUUGACAGGGAUCUGUGUGUGCGUCAGCUGAGGUACUCUGGUAUGAUGGAGACCAUUCGUAUCCGUCGUGCAGGAUAUCCCAUCCGCUACACCUUCGUGGAAUUUGUCGAUCGCUACAGGGUCCUCAUGCCCGGAGUCAAACCAGCGUAUAAACAGGAGGACCUGAGGGGAACGUGUCACCGGAUCGCAGUGGCGGUGCUCGGCCGAGACGACGACUGGCAGAUGGGAAAGACCAAGAUCUUCCUCAAGGAUCAUCACGACAUGCUGCUGGAGAUCGAGAGAGACAAGGCCAUCACUGACAAGGUCAUCCUCAUCCAGAAGGUGGUGCGAGGCUUCAAGGACAGGUCCAACUUCCUGAAGAUGAGGAAGUCGGCCGUGUUCAUCCAGAAAACAUGGAGAGGAUAUCACUGUCGGAAGAACUAUGGAGCUAUGCGAGCCGGCUUCUCCCGCCUGCAGGCUCUGGUUCGCUCCAGGAAGCUGUGUGCGUCCUAUCACGUGGCCCGGCAGCGGAUCACGGGCUUCCAGGGCCGCUGCCGGGGCUACUUGGUGCGCCGGGCGUUCAGGCACCGGCUGUGGGCCGUCAUCACCAUCCAGGCCGGCACCAGAGGCAUGAUCGCCCGGCGGCUGUACAAGAGGCUGAAGGGAGAGUACCGCAGGAGGCUGGAGGCCGAGAAGAUGCGUCUCGCUGAAGAAACCAAACUGAGGAACCAGAUGUCUGCGAAGAAAGCGAAAGCUGAGGCCGAGCGCAAACACCAAGAGCGUCUGGCCAAGCUGGCCAAAGAGGACGCGGAGCGGGAGAAGAAGGAGAAGGAGGAGGUCCGGAGGAAGAAGGAGAUGGUGGAGCAGACGGAGAAAGCUCGUCUGGAGCCCGUCAACGACUCGGACCUGGUGGACAAGAUGUUCGGCUUCCUGGGGACGACCAACUCCUUCCCGGGGCAGGAGGGACAAGCUCCUGCUGGCUUCGAGGACCUGGAGCGAAGCCAUCAGGAGCUGGAGGUGGAGGAUCUGGACGGAGCUCUUCCUCUGCCUGAGGACGAUGAUGAAGAAGAUUUGUCGGAGUACAAGUUCGCCAAGUAUGCCGCCACCUACUUCCAGGGCAGCACCACUCACACCUACGUCCGCCGGCCUCUCAAGCAGCCGCUGCUCUUCCACGACGACGAGGGAGACCAGCUGGCUGCCCUGGCCGUGUGGAUCACCGUGCUGAGGUUCAUGGGAGAUCUGCCGGAGCCCAAGUACCACACGGCCAUCAGCGACGGGAGCGAGAAGAUCCCGGUCAUGACCAAGAUCUACGAGACGCUGGGAAAGAAGACGUACAAGAGGGAGCUGCAGGCGCUGCAGGGGGAGGGGGAGACGCCUCAGUCCGACGGCCACAAGAAGAACAGCGUCCGACACAAACUGGUGUCGCUCACGCUGAAGAAGAAAUCCAAGAUCACUGAGGAGGUCACCAAGCGCCUGAACGACGGGGAGUACGGUGUCACUGGGAACAGCAUGCUGGAGGACCGGCCCACGUCCAACCUGGAGAAGCUUCACUUCAUCAUCGGGAACGGGAUCCUGAGACCAGGGCUGAGGGAUGAGAUCUACUGUCAGAUCUGUAAGCAGCUGAGUCAGAACCCGUCGAAGAGUUCUCACGCUCGGGGCUGGAUCCUCAUCUCUCUGUGCGUCGGCUGCUUCGCUCCCACAGAGAAGUUUGUGAAGUACCUGAGGAACUUCAUCAGCAGCGGUCCCCCGGGCUACGCUCCGUACUGCGAGGAGAGGCUGAGACGGACAUUUGCUAACGGGACGAGAACACAACCUCCGUCCUGGCUGGAGCUGCAGGCCACCAAGUCGAAGAAGCCCAUCAUGCUGCCGGUGACGUUCAUGGACGGCACGACCAAGACGCUGCUGACGGACUCGGCCACCACGGCCAAGGAGCUCUGCAUCGCCCUGUCCGACAAGAUCAACCUGCAGGACCGCUUCGGCUUCUCCCUGUACAUCGCUCUGUUCGACAAGGUUUCCUCUCUGGGCAGCGGGAACGACCACGUGAUGGACGCCGUGUCGCAGUGCGAGCAGUACGCCAAGGAGCAGGGCGCCCAGGAGAGGAACGCCCCCUGGAGGCUGUUCUUCAGGAAGGAGAUCUUCACGCCCUGGCACUGCCCCAGCGACGACCUGGUCGCCACCAACCUCAUCUACCAACAGACUGUGAGGGGCGUCAAGUUCGGAGAAUACCGCUGCGACAGGGAGGACCUGGCUGAACUGGCCUCUCAGCAGUACUACGUGGACUACGGCUCAGAGAUCCUCCUGGAGCGGCUGCUCAGCCUCAUUCCCUCCUACAUCCCCGACAGAGAGAUCAGCCCCUCCAGGAGCGUGGAGAAGUGGGCGCAUUUCAUCAUGGCUGCCCACAAAAAGGGCAUCUACACCCAGAAGAGGUUUGACCCUCAGAAGGUGAAGGAGGAAGUGGUCGACUUCGCUCGUCACAAGUGGCCUCUGCUCUUCUCUCGAUUCUACGAAGCCUUCAAAUUCUCAGGUCCCAGUUUGCCUAAGAACGACCUGAUCGUAGCCGUCAACUGGACCGGAGUUUACUUUGUAGACGAGCAGGAGCAGGUCCUUUUAGAACUCUCCUUCCCAGAAAUCAGUGCAGUGUCCAGCAGCAGCGGAGGGAAGUUGCAGGGUCAGAGUUUCACAUUGGCGACCAUCAAAGGUGAAGAGUACACGUUCACCUCCAACAACGCAGAGGACAUCCGUGACCUGGUGGUGACCUUCCUGGAGGGCCUGAGGAAGAGGUCAAAGUUCGUGGUCGCGCUUCAAGACAACCCCAACCCCACUGGGGAGGAGUCCACGUUCCUCAGCUUCCUGAAGGGAGACCUGAUCCUGUUGGACCAGGACACCGGCGAGCAGGUCCUCAACUCUGGUUGGGCGCACGGCGUCAACGAGCGAACCAAUCAGAGAGGAGACUUCCCAGCUGACUGCAUCUAUGUCCUGCCCACCAUGACUCGACCGGCGCAGGAAGUAGUGGCGCUGGUAACCAUGACACCGGACCAGCGCCAGGAGUCGGUUCGUGUUUCACAGCUCGUUUUGCCCGAGGGUGACGACAGAAUGAAACCCUACACACUGGAGGAGUUCUCCUACGACUACUUCAGGCCUCCUCCCAAACACACCCUGAGCAGAGUGAUGGUCACUAAGAAUCGUGGGAAGGACAAACUGUGGAGCUGCACCAGAGAGCCGCUCAAGCUGCCGCUGCUGAAGAAGGUGGUGAACCACGAGGAGCUGAGUCAGGACGCCUGCAUGUCCUUCAUCGCGGUGAUGAAGUACAUGGGCGACUACCCGUCCAAACGCACGCGCUCAGUCAACGAGUUGACGGACCAGAUCUUUGAGGGAGCGCUGAAGGCCGAACCUCUGAAAGACGAGAUCUACUGUCAGAUCCUCAAGCAGCUGACUGACAACCACGUCAAGUACAGUGAGGAGAAAGGCUGGGAGCUGCUGUGGUUGUGCACUGGUCUGUUUCCUCCCAGUAACGUGCUGCUGCCUCACAUCCAGCGCUUCCUGCAGUCCAAGAGACACCACCCGCUGUCUGGAGACUGUAUGCAGAGGCUGCACAAAGCUCUACGUAACGGAGCCAGGAAGUACCCCCCUCACCUGGUGGAGGUGGAGGCGAUCCAACAUAAAACAACGCAGAUCUUCCACAAAGUCUAUUUCCCCGAUGAUACAGAUGAGGCGUUCGAGGUGGAGUCCAGCACCAAAGCAAAGGAUUUCUGUCAGAACAUCUCCACCCGGCUGCUGCUCAAAUCUCCUGAAGGCUUCAGCCUCUUCGUCAAGAUCUCAGACAAGGUGAUCAGUGUUCCAGAGGGAGAUUUCUUCUUUGACUUUGUCCGACAUUUGACCGACUGGAUCAAGAAGUCUCGACCAGUGAAAGACGGUAUCGUCCCCUCUCUCACCUAUCAGGUGUUCUUCAUGAAGAAGCUGUGGACCAGCACAGUUCCAGGGAAGGACUCCUUCGCAGACUCCAUCUUCCACUACUACCAGGAGCUGCCUAAAUACUUGCGUGGAUACCACAAGUGUUCCAGAGAAGAGGUUUUCCAACUGGCAGCGCUCAUCUACCGAGUCAAGUUCGAAGACGACAAAUCUCACUUUCCUACAAUUCCCAAGAUGCUUCGGGAGCUGGUUCCCCAGGACCUGAUUCGCCAGAUGUCCCCGGACGACUGGAAAAGAUCGGUGGUGGCCUACUUCAACAAACAGGCCGGUAAAUCCAGGGAAGAAGCCAAACUGAUGUUCCUGAAGAUUAUCUACAAAUGGCCGACCUUUGGCUCCGCCUUCUUCGAGGUCAAGCAAACCACAGAACCCAACUACCCAGAGAUCCUGCUGAUCGCCAUCAACAAGCAGGGAGUCAGUCUCAUCGACCCCAAGACCAAGGACAUCCUGAUCACACACCCCUUCACCAAGAUCUCCAACUGGAGCAGUGGGAACACCUACUUCCACAUCACCAUCGGCAACCUGGUCAGAGGAAGCAAACUGCUGUGUGAGACUUCACUGGGCUACAAAAUGGACGACCUGCUGACCUCUUACAUCAGUCAGAUGCUGACCACCAUGAACAAGCAGCGCUCUGGGCGGGGCCACAGCAAGUGAACUUCUUACUGGCAGGAGGCCGCUGAGCUCAUCCGGCUCUUGCGCCCUAUUGGCCAGCACUGCAGCUGGGGGCGGACCUUCGCCCACCAGCUGUGGAGGAUGAGCCGCAGUCCUUCUAAUAGCUCCCAAGGGUCAAAGGUCUCCAGGGAGAGUUCGGCCGUCAGCAGCGACGACCCCGGAGAAGGCCCCAGCAACUAUCACCCCCCCACACACAAGUACGACGAGGACGAGCCGUCCAGCGAGGACGACUACCUCUAACACUCCAACCCCCCCGACCAGCAGGUGGCAGACCUGAGAGACGCACAGCGUGGAGUCAGUCCUGCCGCCAUGUGUCCAUCGAUGGACUGAUUAGAUUUCUGCCAAGUCCAGAGGUCACAGGUCACACCACACGACCUGCUGCGAGUUCUGUAGUCGCCGUGACGACUGACCGGAGACAAGAGGUCACACUCGACAUC